AGUCUAUUGCGCAGUAAUUGUUCAGAGCGAUGGCAGAGCUUUCCAAGUCUAUUGAUUUACAGCCCAUCAUAUCUCAGCCACCGAACCACGAUCUCGAUGUUUCCUUCCAGCCUGUCUCCCCAGGUUAUCCAGAACUACCGACUACCAUCCCCAGUCAGGUGACAGACUAUCUGCCACUGUCUUUGUUUACAAUGGUGUACUGCUGCUUUCCAAUUGGGCUAUUUGCUUUCUUGUACUCAAUGAGGGUUCGCGAGGCCAAUUUGCUUGGUGACCAAACUCGAGCGCAGCGAGCAUCUCGCCUUGUCUGUGUACUGAACGCCUUGGCAAUUACUUUCGGUCUGAUCACUCUCUUAGCCAUUUUGCUUCUAGUGUUUUUGAGCCCAUAGGCUCGGAUGACUGAACUGGAAGAGAAAGCUGCAUUCUAGUUGAUAUUGCGCGAUUUGCUGUUGAGUUUAGCUAAUUAGAAUAUAGCUAGCAAAAUCUGAUAUAUUUGUGCAGAUAUAUCUGUUUUAGAAGUAACUUUACUGUAUAGAUAUAGUGAAUAGCUUUCCAAUCAAAUAGUACAAUUUGUGAAAUAUUGCGGUAUCACUUAAUUGCAA